UCAAUGUACUCGAAUACACGUUUGUCUGACACAUCUCGGUCGCAUUGUGUCUGAGUGGUCGGCUGGGCUGCUACGAGGGCACCGACUUCUAAGGUCUGAACUGGGUCAUCUGUUUCCGAAACACAUUUUACUUUUCUCAACUGAGUACUGACUCCUGAGUUACUGAGUUAUAUAUUGCAGGAGGAUGGCGACUGAAAGUGAGCGUUACCAACUCUCCAGCGGAAGGUCGAUGCCUAUUAUUGGCUUGGGGACGUAUGCCCCACUCCAGGGAGAGGAAGAAGUCAUCGAAGCUGUGAAGUCAGCCGUGCGAGCCGGGUACCGCCAUAUUGACUGUGCGGCCAUUUAUCGAAAUGAAAGAGCCGUCGGCACUGCUCUCAAGGAACUCUUUGUCAUGGGGGUUGUAAAACGAGAAGAUAUUUUCAUCACCAGCAAGUUGUGGAACACAUGUCACAGACCCGACCUUGUCCUCCCCAAUCUGGAGAAAACCUUGGACGACCUGGGUGUGGCUUCCGUGGACCUGUACCUCAUGCACUGGCCCAUGGCAUACAAGGAGGGUGGAGAUAUGUGUCCACAAGAUGAGAAUGGCAAGACUCUGUUCUCUGAUGUUGACUAUGUGGAAACAUGGCAGGCUAUGGAGGACUGCAGAGAUAUGGGCAAGGCUCUUGAUAUUGGUCUGAGCAGCUUCAACAGCAAACAGAUCACUAGACUGUUGGAGGUUGCUAGAGUUCCUCCUGUGGCUAUCCAGAUUGAAGUCAACUGCCACAACACUAACCUGAAGCUGAUCGAGUUUGCCAAGUCCAAGGGGAUUGUGCCCAUUGCUUUCGCCCCCCUCAGCACGCCCAGUAUAGAGCCCAGCCAUACAAAACUUUUGGACGAACCUGUGCUGAAAGAUAUAGCAAAGGCUCACAACAAAACUCCAGCCCAGGUUGCCAUCAGGUAUCUAGUUCAACAAGGCGUGGCUUCUGUUCCCAAGAGUGUAACGCCAUCAAGAAUUGAGGAGAAUAUCAAGGUGUUUGAUUUCAAGCUUUCAGAAGAAGAGAUGACAAAACUGACUAGUCUUAACAAAGGAUACAGAGGAUAUGAUGAAAAAAUAGCUCUGGAUCACAAGUACUACCCAUUCUAUGAAGAAUUUUAAAAGCCGACGCAGACAUGUGUGCCAUGGAUGGUUUGUAGGCUUUUAGUUUCCAUGCUACAUUUUAUCCAAAUUAUCCAAAUAUGUAUUGUGUGGUUGUGCUUCCGAUUGUCAAAGAAAUGUUGUUCCAUAGUUACGAAAACUACAUUUGUAGGAUGCUUUUUACGUUACCAUGACAGACUUUUUCGUAUUUCGCUCCGGAGAACAUGAUUUAUUAGUUUGACCUACAUUUCAGUAUGGUUCUUGGGUACGUGUAUCCCUUUUCUUGGUAGACUCUGUACCAGGAUUACUAUCACAGAAAGGGAUUUUGCGAAUAGCACCUUUUGAUAAACAUGUUGGCCCUCUUUUGUCUUGUCCAAAACCAGGAGUACAUAAGUUUUUUUGCAAGAGAUGCUAUGAUAAAUCUUUGUAACCAAAUGUAGUAAUAGAGUAAUAUCCAAGUCUAUGCCAUUCAGACAUAAUAUGUACCACGACAUGGUGGAAUCAGGUGGAAUCUUGUCUAUUUUUAGUUCAAAAACUUUUGGUAUACCCUUAAAACCUGUUCAUUUGCGUUGCUUUCGAUGGGGAAAAAUACUCAUCUAUCAUGAAUAGAAGUCGA